AUGGCCGUGGGCGCGGGGCGCAGGGCUCGGACGACUGGCAAUGCGCCAGGCUGGAGGAAGAGGGCGCAGGAGGCGCGGCUGGCCCCGGAGGGCGCUGUCUACCCCGCCGCACCGCCCCCCUCCCCUGUCCACUUUCACUUUCUGCCCGCAAGCCCGGCGGGCGCAGCGUAUUUAACAGAUCGCCUCCGGCCCUCGGAGCUCACUUCCCAAGCGCGCACGGGCUGUUGUGGAGGGAAGGCAAUUACUCCACUUUCUAAAAACAAAACAAAAACCGACCGGCGCCGCCUGGCCCUCCUUCCCCGGACGUCCCCGCGGUGGGGCUGGGGCUGGAUCGAAGCUUCAGAGGCGCUGCUGGGGCGGGAUUCCAGAGGCCAGCCCCCCUCCCACCUCCCAGGUUACCAGAAAGGUCAGGGAGAAACAGCCCACUCCGCCCCGCGUCCCCUCCCGCCCCAGACGCCGUGCGCCCUAUCUCUCCGGAUCUGUAACCGCGAGCACACAUCAAGGCCUCACGACAGAGAAGGGCAAACAGAGCUUUAUUUGCAAAUAAGAGGCCGGAUUCCCGGCUGCGGGAGGAUGGUGGAGCGGGAGGGAAGCGAGGAGGUCCCUAACUCCUGA